AUGCUCAUACAUAUUAAUGCGGCCGGUGACGCGGUGACGCAUUGGAUGACUCUCGCCGGGUUUUCGGUACACCCUGUGUUUAUUUACUGGCCCGUUGCACUCCCUGGCGGCCGAGUCGCGCGAUCACCGAAAUUGUUAAAGUUUCGCACCAUCGGCACCGCCGCCAGCACCAGUGCCGCCCCGCCCCCCGCGGCUGCCGGCGCUAAGGAGCGGGGGCCGCAAGAUGAAUGCGCAGCCGGGGAUCUCGUCUGUUUGGACAGUUAUAUUUCCGUACCGGCGUCUGUUAGGAGGAUAGAGCGACGUAGCGUGAAUAAUAAGAGGCUAGCGGGUGCGCUGCGUUAUAUUCGCGGAUUGGGAAUUUCAGGGCUUUCGCCAGAGCGUUUUGCGCGAGCCGUG